AUGGUCGCUACGCGGGCGAGCCGGGCGCGCGCGGGCGACGCGGCGCCCCCCGCCCGCUCCCCCAGCCCCAAGACGCGCAAAGUGCGGACGAAGGACGCUGCUCGCGUCGCGUCUCCGUCACGACGAGCAACGUCGCCCAAGCCGCGCAAGUCGCGCAAGGAGAGCGCCCCGGGCUCCAAGUCGAACACCGAGGCGGCACCGGCGGCGGGCGCUGACGUCGCGGGCUGGGCCAAGAGCACGGACGAGCUCGUCAGGUUCCUCGGGACGUCCGUGAGCAAGGGCCUGUCCCCGGAGGAGGCCGCGCGCCGCCUGGAGCAGUACGGCCCGAACGAGCUCCAGAAAGACCCCCCCACCCCCCUUUGGAAGCUGGUGCUGGAGCAGUUCGAGGACCUGCUCGUCCGGCUGCUGCUGAUGGCGGCGGUGGUGUCGUUCGCGCUGGCGUACAUGGACAGCGCGGACGGCGAGGAGGGUCUGCGCGCGUACAUCGAGCCGCUCGUGAUCCUGCUGAUCCUCGUGCUGAACGCGGUCGUGGGCGUGUGGCAGGAGACGAACGCGGAGGCGGCGCUGGACGCGCUGAAGGAGAUGCAGGCCGACCGGGUGCGGUGCACGCGCGGGGGCAAGGUGCUGUCGGACCUUGACGCGCGCGAGCUGGUGCCGGGCGACGUGGUGACGCUGGCGGCGGGGGACCGCGUCCCGGCGGACUGCCGGCUGGUGUCGAUGGUGACGACGAUCGUGCGCGUGGACCAGGCGGCGCUGACGGGGGAGAGCCAGCCGGUGAACAAGGAGGAGGCGCUGGUGCUGGAGGAGGAGUGCGACAUCCUGAGCAAGGAGAACAUGCUGUUCUCGGGCACCGCGCUGGUGUCGGGGUCGUGCAAGGUGGUGGUGUGCAGCACGGGCAUGGGCACGGAGAUCGGCGCGGUGCAGGCGCAGAUCCAGACGGCGAGCGAGGAGGACAACGACACGCCGCUCAAGCGCAAGCUCGACGAGUUCGGCACGCAGCUCGCCAAGGUCAUCUCCCUCAUAUGUCUCCUCGUGUGGGGAAUGAACUACUCCAAGUUCCUCUCCUGGACGCCGCACGCGACGCUCGCGCCGCUCCCGGACCCGGCGUCGAUCCGCGUCGACGUCGCGGGCUGCACGUACUACUUCAAGAUUGCCGUCGCGCUGGCCGUGGCGGCCAUCCCGGAGGGGCUGCCGGCGGUGAUCACGACGUGUUUGGCGCUCGGGACGCGGUCGAUGGCGAAGAAGAAGGCGAUCGUGCGGCGCCUGCCGUCCGUGGAGACGCUCGGGUGCACGACGGUGAUCUGCAGCGACAAGACUGGCACGCUGACCACCAACCAGAUGACGUGCGUCAGGCUGGUCUCGCUGGACGACAAGGGGCAGGUGGACUCGCGGACCGUGUCCGGGCAGACGUACGACCCGGAGGACGGCGCCGUCGAGGGCCUGACGGCGCGGACCCUCGACGCCGCGCACCUGGGGCUGGCGACGGUGGGCGCGGUCUGCAACGACGCGCACAUCGAACGCGACGCGCAGUCCGGGCUCGUCAAGGCCGUGGGGACGCCCACGGAGGCGUGCCUCGUCACGCUCGCCGAGAAGAUCGGCCGCCUCGAGGGCGCCGGGAACGCUGGCGCGGGCCCCGCGCCGUGGGCGGCCGCGGCCGCGGCGCGCGCGGAGCGGAUCGCGACGCUCGAGUUCGACCGCGACCGCAAGAGCAUGUCCGUGCUGGCUGCGGGCGAGGGCGUCGUCGCGGGCGUGUCGGACGGCGGCAACACGCUGCUGUGCAAGGGCGCCGCGGAGUGCGUGCUGGAGCGGUGCGACCGGUACCUGGCGCCGUCCGGGAAGCCCGUGCCGAUGUCCGCGGGCGUGCGGAAGACGCUCGCGGCGGAGAUCGAGGCGAUGGCGUCGCAGGCGCUGCGGACGCUGGCGCUGGCGGCGCGCGCGGGGUCGGAGAUGGGCCCGCUGGGCAGCUACGACGGCGACCACGCGCACCCGGGACACAAGACGAUGCAGGACCCGAAGCUGUACCCCGAGGUCGAGAGCAAGAUGGUCUUCCUGGGCAUGGUCGGCAUCCAGGUGCGGCGCAACCGAACCGUGCUCCUCUCUUUUAUAUUUCUUUUAUAUUUCUUUUAUUGUCUUUCUUUCUCUCCUUCAGGGACCGAUCCACGAGCGGAUUCACGCACGAAUGACUCUUGA